GGAGCAAAAGGAGAAAAACUGAGGGAGGGGUGAACUGGAAGCUGGAGCCAAGGAACUGGAGCCAGGGACCCAAAGUGGCCUUGCUCCCAGGUACAUGAAAGAAGUCUGGCCAAUUGAAACAGGCAGAAACGAGAACCAGAAAGACAAGAUGGCCAGGACCACCAGCAGCUAUGUGCAGGAGACAGACAUAGCUGGAGGAUGGAAGAAGUCGGAACUGUCCCCCUUGAGUAGGCGUUUUCUUCCUAGAGAUCCCGCUCGGUGGCUGUCACGGGCCGGCCUUGGGCAGAACGUCUCCAGGACGCGGUGGAAUGAAUGUGCAGACCACCCGGGGGCUCGGGAUCCAAGGACACCGCCUUGGCUGGACGCCGCCACGAGGCGCGCAGCGGAGGAGUGGCUCCCGCGCAGCUCAGCCGGACGCAUCCCCCGCCGGAACGCCGCGGCCGCCGGAACCUUUGCGCCGCCAGGCCGGGCCCUAAAAGGCGAAGCACCCCCGGGCCGGAAGUCAGUGGGGGAAGAUGGGACUGCGGGAACCCCGUGCUUUACCUGGAAGGAUGAGCGUCGGUAGUUUGCUCGUGGCGGGAGGAAGGUGGCGAUGUUUUCCAGUUCCAUUAAGGUCAUUCUUAAUCCAGGCGCUACAUAGUUCCUGCUGUUGGAAAAAAUCCGAUGCACCUAAGAAGAUUACUCCCAAUGCUGCUUUUUAUGAUGAAAAUACAAAGGAACCUGGAAAUGCACUUGACAAGCUCUUCUCUUCAGAACAGCAGGCUACCAUCUUGCAUGUGUUGAAUACGGCAUCUAAUAAAGAACUUGAAGCUUUCAGGUUGCUUCGUGGAAGAAAAUCCGUCAAUAUUAUAGAGCACAGAGAGAAGUUUGGGCCAUUUCAGAAUUUGGAGAGUUUAAUGAAUGUGCCCUUGUUCCAGUAUAAAACAACCAUUCAAGUUUGUAACUCCAUUCUUUGUCCAGAGACUGGAGGGAAAAAAAGAAAGUUCCAGGACAACCGGCUCUUGAGAAAGCUCAUCAAACCAGAAAUAGAGAGAGAGAGAUUUAAGGCAGUUAAUAGUAUCGUAUCCAUCGUUUUUGGAACUCGAAGAGUUGCCUGGGCUCAUGUGGAUCGUAAACUGGCGGUGCUGGACUGGCAGCAGAAUGAGUGCUGCCAGCUGAUGAAAGGAACGUACAUAUCAUCUGUCUAUUUACAAGAGGUGUUUGAAAAUUGAGUUUGCCACUUGCAACGACAUGGACAGCAUAGAUUACUCAGAAGGAUUUUCCUAAGUAAUGGGACAAAAUUAGUUCUAAACUAAAUGCUGCUAUCGCCUCCCCUAAUACAGCAUAAAAGACUCAAAACAAUCAAACUUAGAAAAAAAAUUGGUCAUGGUAACACAGAAAAUAUAAAAGUCCAGCUUCUAGAAAUAAAAACUACAAAAUGUGUGAAAUACAAAAUACAUUAGAUGGCAAGGACAGCAUACCACAUGCUGCAGAAAAUAUUUGUGAACUUCAGUAGUUAGAAACUAUCCAAGAGAGGAACAAGAUAACUGCAAACCUGAACAAUCAUCGAACUGAGACAGCUUAGCAGCAUUAUUCAGAAUAGAAUGUGGUGGGCGUCUGGGUGGCUCAGUGGGUUAAGCCUCUGCCUUCGACUCAGGUCAUGAUCUCAGGAUCCUGGGAUCAAGCCCCGCAUCAGGUUCUAGGCUCAGCGGGGAGCCUGCUUCCCUGUCCCCCCAACCCCUCAGCCUGCCUCUCUGCCUACUUGUGAUCUCUGUCAAAUAAAUAAGAUCUUAAAAAAAAAAAAAAAGAAUAGAAUGUGGUAUGGAAACAACCUGAGUGCCCACCCAUGAAUGGAUCCAGAUGUGGUUUCUAUACACAAUGGAAGAUUACUCAGCCCGAAGAAAAGACAUCCUGCCGUUUGGAACAGCACAGAUGGACCAGGAGCACAUCAGACUAAGUGAGGUUAAGUCAGAGAAAAGCAAGUACUCUAUGACAUUCCUUAUGUGUGGAUUCUAAAAAAGCCAAACUCAAAAACAAAGAGUAAAAUGGUGGUUACCAGGAGAUGGGGUAGGGGGAUAGGACAAAUGUUUAAGGGUACAAACUUGCAAUGAGUAAUCAAUAAAUCCUAGAGACCUAAUGCACAGUAUAGUAAAUACAGACAAUAUAUUAUAAUCACCAAACUUCCCAAGGCCAUAACUUAAUUAUUCCAACCACUAAAAAGAAAUAAUUAUGUAAUGUGAUAGAGGUACUAAUUACUAAUUAUCAACACAAUGGCAAACAUACUGCUAUAUAAAUGUAUAAAAUUAACAUGUUGUAUGCCUUAAAUAUAUACAAUGUUAUAUGUCAGAUAUAUUUUAAUUAAAAGAAAAAAAAUAAUGCUUGGAAUUUUCCAAAUUUGAUAAGCUAUAAACCCAUUCAUAUAAGAAGCUCAACAAACCCCAACCACAUGAAACAUGAAGAAAACCACACGAAUGCACAUCAAAGUCAGAGUUGCUAACAAUGAGUGACAAAGAGAAAAAUCUUAAAAGAAGCAAAGAACAGAUGACUGAAACACAUUAUAUAUAUACAAAUCCAUGAGUUCAUCAUAAUACUGAAAAAAAGUAAACUACCCCAAAACUCACUGGACAACCUCAGAGAUUACUAGGGCAUCAUUACUCUGUGAACUGAUAAAUAAAAAGAAAGAAUGAAGCAUUUCUCAUUGCAUUUCCUGUACAAACUCUAUGUCAAAGUGUCCAGACAGUUGAUGAGAUAUGCUUCUCAGAAUUUUAACUAAUAAAUUCAGAAAGGCUAAGUGAAUUACAAAAUCACCCAUUUUCUAACUUUCAAUGAAAUAAUCAAGCUACUUGAUAAAGAUCAUUCAUGGCUACAAAAUACUAUUAGUUCAAAGAGUGAUGGGGGAACUCUUUAAUGAACAGAUCAGCCUGGAAACAAGUGAACUCAUCAGUCCAUGUUAAUAUCACAUAGCACACAGCCUUGCCUAAGCAUGUACAUAGCCCUGAAACAGAAACUGAAUCUAAUCAAGCCCACAGAUCUGCCAGUUUACAAGUAAAACAGGGAAGAGGAAUAUAUUAACUGAUACCAUAAAGAUACAAUCAGCCAUAUCUAAAAAUGUGAGAAAUUUUAUGAAAAAUGACCCAUGUUCUUCAACAAAUAAAUGGUAUGAAAAAGAUGAAGGAAUUAUUAGGGAGACUGAAAGAAAUUUUAAAAAGCAUUAAUCAGGGGCGCCUGGGUGGCUCAGUGAUUUAAAGCUUCUGCCUUUGGCUCAGGUCAUGAUCCCAGGGUCCUGGGAUCGAGUCCCACAUCGGGCUCUCUGCUCAGCGGGGAGCCUGCUUUCUCCUCUCUCUCUCUUUCUGCCUGCCUCUCUGCCUACUUGUGAUCCUGUCUGUCAAAUAAAUAAAGUCUUUAAAAAACAAAACAAACAAACAAACAAACAAAAAAAACCAUUAAUCAAAUGUAGAUGUAAACCUUGUUUAGAUCCAAAUUUGCACAAAGCAUUUAAACAACAGAAAGCCAAAACAAGAGUAUGUAUUAAACCAAAUUAAGGUAUAAAGUUAAUUUCAUUAGGUUUAAUUAUAAUACUGUGGUUAUGCUUUUUUAAAAUUCCUUAUCCGGGGAUGCCUGGGUGGCUCAAUCAGUUAAGUGUUUGCCUUUGGUUCAGGUCAUGAUCCCAGGGUCCUGGGAUCAGGUCCUCCAUUGGGCUCCCCACUGGGGAGUCUGCUUCUCCCUCUCCCUCUGUCCUUGCUGGUAUGUUCGCGCGCUCUCUCUCACUCACCCUCUCAAAUAAAUAAAAUCUUAAAAAAAAAAAAAGUCCUUAUCAAGGGAGCCUGACUGGUUCAGUCAGAGGAGCGUGUGACUCUUGAUCAUGGGGUUGUACACGUCCCAUGUAGAGAUUACUUAAAAAUAAAAUCUUAAUAAAUACAUGAAUAAAUAAAUAAGUAAAGUCCUUAUCAGAGAUACCUGUGAAAUAUAUAUGGGUAAAAUUAUAUGAUGGUCUUAAGAUUUGUUUUAAAACUGUACAGGC